AUGGCAACUGCGCAAAUGCCUGCGGGUCCUCGGUCCGGCCGACUAGCCGACGACGCCGCUACAGCUGCACUCUACGCCGUCCAACCUCGACGCAAGGCGUCUGUUAAGGAUACACCCGAAGCCGAUCUCCCAUCCUUGAAUCAACGAAAAGCCGGCGGCGCUUUAGAUCUCAGCCAUGCCUCUGCUGGUGCCGCCCUGGCGCAUGCGAACCAAAAACCGAUCGAAGUAUGGCGCCCGGGGCGAUUGACCGAGGCCGAAAAAGCGGCGCUGUGUGUGAAGAACUUCUCCCCUCUCGAGAUACCCCAGCCCAGCACCCAAUACAGCGCCGAGGGCCUAGGAGCAGCGAUUAUUGCCGUGCGGGAGCAGAGGGCCAUGGCAAAUGCGUCGCAGACCCAGGCCAGCCAUAAGCAGGAUGUCUCAGCGCAGGAGAGCCGGCUGCAAGAUAAGGCGCGCCAAGCUGCGACGGGGGCUUAUGCCACCCGUCAGAGAUCGGAUUCUGCGCCGAGUCAACCGGUCAUCGCCUCCGACUCCCCAUAUGCUCUCUCUGCAGCAGGCGCCUCGCAUCGUGUUCAAACCGAAGGGGAAGAACCUCUGGGGCAUCUGGAUAGCGCGAUGGAAGCCAGCCGGAUCACCCACCUCGCCAAUACCAAUCCCCGUCUCUAUACCUCAUCGCCUCCUCUUGCAAGCGAAACAGUGGCACGGAACCGGAAGAAUUCUCUUCAUGCCGCAGCCCUUGUAAUGGCAAAAGACAUGUACGAUAUCACCGGUCCCACUGGCGAAUCGAGCAAACUCGACCCGGCGAUAUCUGCAGCCCAGCAAGGGCAAAACCAGUCUCGCUUGGGAAGGGCUGCUACUAUUUCAGGAGGCACUGCCGGGCAGCGAGCAUUAACCUUGCAAGAAACUGCCCAGAAGCGUGCUGCAGAGAAGUUGGCGCGUAUGCGAGACGAACAUGCCGAGCUCCAGCAAUACUAUGGGACUACUCCUCAACCUCCACGAUCCCGGCUGGCGAGUCGCCGAAAGAGAACUUCCAGCGAUGCUGACUCCACCCAGGUGGAUGCAGAGCAGUCCAGACAUAUUCGCAACCAAAUGUCAAGUCUCCGAACGAAGAUGCACAAGGUAGAUGAGCAAAGACAAAGGGAUCGGGACCUCCUUAUGGCGGCUGCUCGCCGCAAUGUCGAUGCCACAAUCCAUGACAUGGAGAUGAAAAUGUACUCCGACACCGGCCGAGCACCACCGUCUGUUCAAAAGCAGUGGGAUGAGGCAGCUCGGGAGCGCGUUCGACAAGAAGCUGAGGCUGCGGAGGCAGACAGUGCACGUGGAAAUCGGAUCAAUCUCGGCGCACACAAGUACAUGGAAAUGGCCGACAUCGAGGCAGUUGCGCGUUCCCGGGUUCAGCCGGCACUUGAUGAGAUAACUGAUCAAGCGGAGCGACGGAGAGCGGAGGAACUGGAGGCCCGUCUUGAUGCGGAGGAACAACAGAGACGUGCUGCUGUAGAGAAAGAGCGUGAAGCCAGCCUGAAGGCGGCCGAGGGACGAGAAGGAGGUUCAGAAAAGCGACACAGCAGAGGACUGAAAUUCCCCGUCUUCAUGUGGAAGCGGAAGAGUAAGCUCUCACAGGAAGACAAAGUGGAUGAUAAGGAAGAAAAGGUCGAUGAUAAAGAAGAAAAAGAAGCUUCUCUUGUCCCAGAACCCGAUACUGCCGAGGCCGUUGAAGAAGCCACCGAGCAGCCACCAUCAGCCCAGGGAGCCCUCGUCGCUCCUGAAAAUGUGGCCCUCUCGAGGAAUGUAAUCCAAGAGACGCCUCAAGAGGCACCUCAAGAGGCACCUCAAGAGGCACCUCAAGAGGCACCUCAAGAGGCACCUCAAGUGCAAACUCAAGAACCAAUACAGGCAGCAUCCAAUGAACCAGAGGCAGCCGGUGCAUCGAUGGUCCUUGCAGCUGCGCCCCCCGUCAUGGCGGCUGGCCCUGCUCCUAUUGCGGCGCCUGUGAGGAUUGUGUAUCCCUCUGACGAGUCCGAUGAGCAGCCAGGCCUCGCCACACAUCAUUCCAUCCCACGGGAUGCUGCUGCGACUGGGGGAGGAGUGUCAGCUAUGCACACCGUUCAGCCCAUCACUAGCCCACGAGCAGAUUCGAAGUUGAAGACCUGGUUCCGCGAUCGACUCGUUCGUCGUACAAGUGGGCCGCAGCCUGUUUAUCCCCACCAACCCGGUCCUGAUUUCAACACCGAUAGCGAAAUCGGAUUCACAGGAGGCGCGGCAUUGAGCGGACGAAGUGAGAAUCGUGGAGCGGCGCUGAGCUCUCACCCGGUCACUGGAGCUGAUCUUGACUCCAAUAAUACCAAUGGCAACGUUGAAGUGACCAAGACUACCAGUGAAGAGUCCGGAGACAACCCUCAAAUUGAACAAAACGGCUCCAGCGAGGGCAAGAGGCAUCGCCUCCGGCGGAGCUUUAUGAAGACCGUUUCCCGCAAUCCAGAGUCUAAAACCAAUGGAGCCACCAGCAAACAACCGACUUCUGAUGUUAUUUCCGAGUCUAAGGAAGCUGGCCCCGAGCUCCAAGGCCUGCGGGACAGUGCCAUCGAGCAGGGCCUUCCCGUUCCUCCUGUUUUUGCAGACACAGUCAGCACUGGCCGGGAGUCGCGAUUUUCUGAAGAUCUGUGA